GCGUAGCAGCGGCAGUUAUAGGUUGACGGCGGGACAGAAUUAAGUGUCGUGAACGUUGUUGUUGCUCAGAGACAGGUUGUGUACUCCGUUUUAGCGAAAAUCAAUGUCAAUUUGUCAGGUCAUGGUUUCGUUAAAAUGCAACUGAAAAAUUCAGAUUUUUGGAGGUCAGGGGUGCACGGACGAAAUGAAGAAUAAAAAACCAAAGGCUACCAAAGUGGGGAACAAGAAAAAGAAAGUCCCCAGUGACAUUUCGCCGUCUACGAGUCUGCCUCCUCUGGUGGAAGGGCAGGUGCGAUGCUUUCUCAGAGUGACAGUUGGCAAGGUUCUGUGGACCAUUCCCAAACCACCGGCGGCGCCUCUGGUCAGGUUGCGAUGGUGGGGAGAGUCGUCCAGCGGAACCCAUUUCCGUCCACGGAACGGGUCUUCCGCGGACCAGAGAGGAGUCAAGACAACGGCCCGAUUUGCCAUCCGCUGCGGACCGAAGCAGUUCACCUCUUACCUGACAGAUAUGGGGGUUUUGGUGUUGGACGUUUUGACAAACCCAGACCAUUUGCCAUUUGGUCGAGUCCAGGUUACUGGAAUUGCCCGACUCUCUCUGUCCCACUCUAUUAGUGGAUUCUUCACAUUGGUGUCCCCAACCUCUGAAAAGCUGGGAGAGUUACAGGUCUCUCUCACCCUGGAGCCCCUGAUGGAAACGUACGACAGCUGCAGUUCGGUUCACACCGCGGACGCCAGCGCGGACACAGCGAUGCCCACGCAGGGCCCCCUGUCCAGCGCCGCCGCGCGCCAGGACGUGCUGGUGGUGCCGUCUCUGUCCCGCCCGCUGACCGCCCACAGCGGGCGAGACUCGGCGGCCAGCAGCACCGCCAACACACCCAGAGGGAAAGAUCACUUGUACUUCCAAGAGACAAGUAACGGCCAGGAGGGGCCCAGUUCUGCAGCCCUGAGGACCGUGGCCUUCGAAGGCAAUGGGCACCCUUCAGUCUCUCAGUAUGAAGAUGAUGAACUGAGGAACAGAGCUCAGGUGUCAAAGCAAGAGUCCACCAACGGUCAGACCUCCAAGGACAUCCUUUCAGUUCUCUUAGACCGCGGUAGCAAGCUCAGGAAUGCUAUGGUGGUUUCGGCUCUGAAGUCCAACCUGGAUUCUGACCUGGCUCUGAAGGACAUCCCGUUACCUGUGUCAAGAGACAACAUCGCCACGACCCCAUCGCUGCUGCCCAGGCCCUCAUCCGGGAGGUUGCUGGAGAAUCUCCUUCACAGUGAGCCCAGUGUCUUCCCCACCCGCGGUCUGCGCUCACCGGAGCCCCCGGACACGGACUGCUUCCCCGACACGGAGAACAGGGCGGUGGAGCUGCUCCUGGGCAGUGUGGAUGGGUCGACCUUAUGGGACCGGGACAGUUCCCCACUGGAGUUCCUCUCUGGGGGCAGCAGUGUUUUGGGGGACAGUGAGCUGAAUGACCCGCUGUAUGACGAGAGCCUGCUGGAGACCCUCUUCUACCCAUCAGCCAAGUCUGAUGGCAACAUGAGUGAGUUCACUGCUGAUGAAGAUGAUGGUCUGCCCAUGAAGAAGAAACAGAAGAAGGGGCAGAGUGCAGGAAAAAAUGAGAAAGAGGAGGAACCUGGCAUGAUGAAGAGUGGCAGGUUGAGCUUGCGGGACCCCAGUCAGAUCCCAGAGGAGGGCGGGGGGGCACUUCCUGACCCGAGCUCGGCCCUCAUCGCUGCACUGCGCCGAACGCAUCUGGCCAGGGUGCUCAUCCGCUCCCUUACGGUCCCCGCUGACAGCGCCCCCGCCACGCCUCACAAGACCCCGGGCAGGGGCAAACCACCGCGCCCCCACCCCCCCAGGAGAUGCUCAUACUUUGUGGAGUAUUUAUUUCCUGUGGCGCCUUCUAGACGUGAUGCCAAACAGGGAGCCAUGGCAACGGAAGUGACUCGAGUUGCCUCCUGUAAAGUUGCAGGAGGAGUGGUGAAGUUCCAGCAGCAGACUGUGUUCCCAGUUCAGUUUAGCGAGGCCACUAUCAAGCACUGGUGGGGCACAGACCUCACCUUCAAGAUCUACUCCAGAGAACGGUUCCAGAAGAAACCUGUAGCCUUCGGCAGAGCCGUCUUCCCCCUGCGCUCCCUCCUGAGCAGCGAGCAGCUGAAGCAGGCCAAGGCCCUGCCUGUCCUGGGCCUGGAGGGGGCCACAGAGGGACAGGAAGUGGGGAAGCUCAAGGUGUCUGUGGAGCUGGGGGCCGUCAGCAAAGAUUUCUCACCGGCCAAAGUGAAAGGCAGCGAUCAGGGCUGUGCUGAGCCCUCGAACACGGCCCCUAACCCCCCGAGGAAGGCCACGCCCACGGAUGACAUCAUCAGCACACCGCCGCAGAGGUCGGACAGGGACAGGGACAGGGACAGGGAAGAGACCCCUUCCGUACCUACGGGAGGAAUAGAGAGGGAGGGAGGGGCCCCCGUUUCUGGUGUUUGGGGUGUCCAGGACAGUCAGGUGGUGAGGCACCCUGUCCCCGCCCAUACGCCUGUACCCCUGAGCUCUCCAGUCAGGAUGCAGCAUCAUCAUCAUCCUCAUCAGCAGCAGCAGCAGCAGGCUGAGGGGGAGGGAGGGGUUCUGCUGCACGCCCUGCUCCUGGUGCCUGAUGGGAAGGAUUUUAACUGCGGCCCCACGCCCCCUAACGUCUACCUCAACUGCAAGAUGUUCGGCUCCGACGAGACCACGAGAUCAGCGGUCUGCUGGGGCCAAGCCGAUCCCGCGUUUAACUUCACCCAGGUGGCUCCGGUCGUCCUGUCCCCCAGACUGCUGGAGAGGAUGAGGAACAACGUGAUGGUGAUUGAGGUGUGGCAGAAGGGCAGUUCGGGGCAGAAAGGCCUUUCGGGGCAGAAGGGCAGUUCGGGGCAGGACCGGCUCCUCGGCCUGGUCAAAAUGCCCCUGCAGCAGUUCUACAUGUCCUUCAGAGACCCGAGGAUCUCCCGGCUGCUGCUGCAGGUGCAGUUCCCCGUGGUGGCGGUGGACAGCUACAUGCCUGUGGUCGACGUGUUCUCGGGCAGCGCCCGGGGCAGCCUUCGGGUCCUGCUGGCCAUGGGGCUGGCGGAGCAAAUCGCGUCCUUGCAGCGAAUGAGGGACGAAGACCUCGGCUCAGUGCCCCGCCCUCCACGGCCAGCCCACUCCCUGGAUCAGAGGCAGCACAUAGAGCCAAAGGUGAACGUGCAGCAGGAGGAGACGACGCUGGAGCACGUGUUCGAGGUGACGGUGGAGAGGGUGAAGGGUCUGGCGCCGCUGCAGUCCACCGUGUGGGGGGAGGCCGACUGCUACGUGCAGUACUCCUUUCCCACGCAGGAGGAGGACCCCGCCGGAGCCCUGGACUCGCACACCAUAGAGAGCAGCGUGUGUCUGAGGCCGUUCCGCACGGGCACGGUGCUGUGCGUGCCCGACCCGGUUUUCGGGCACAGCGAGAGCCACGCCCUGCUGGCCCCCGCGGGCGUCCCCGUGCAGAGGCUCCUGCUCAGCUCCUGCUCCAGCCAGGGCCCCGCGGCCCGGGGGGGCAUCCCCUUCCAGGUGUGGUGCAGGCGCUAUGGUUAUUAUGUAACUGGACGCGUCUGGUUUCUGUCUCCCUGUUCCCUCCCAGGACUGCUGGAUGUGUGUGUUCGUUACAAGCCUCGGCCAAUGAGAGCCCACGGUUUGAAAGAUGGGGCUGUGGCCUCCCGUGUCAUAGCCCUGGCAGUUCAGAUACACAGAGCAGCAGGCCUGCAGGCAGCAGCACGGGCGGCGGCCGGGCGGGACGAGGCGCUCCGUUACUACGCCGACGUGGGGGUGAACGCCUACGUGAGCGCGCGCCUGUCCUUCCUCCCGGAGAGGGAGAGGAGGAGCACCCGCGUGGUGGCCCGCUCCUUCUGCCCCGAGUUCGACCACCACACGGAGUACCCCUGCAACCUGCUGGUGCAGAGCCCGACCGGGGAGGCCCGCAGCCUGGCCGAGCUGCUGGACGCCGCCCGCGCCGUCUUCACCCUGUGCCACCGGGACAGCCGGAGGGCCGAGGGCACGGAUUUCCCAGCAUCAAAGGACACUGUAUUGGGCACCGUCACAGUACAGCUGGGAGACCUCAUUCAUAGGAGAACAGGGAUCUCCGGCUGGUUCCCCGUCUGUCUGCCCCAGGACCCGGGGUCCCCCGGGGCCCCCCCCGUCCUGGCGGGGGGUCUGGAGGUGUCGGUGAGCUUUGCGCACCACGCGGACAGAGAGAGGGUGAUCAGCGCCGCCCGCGGGCUGGGCUGGGAGGCGGGCGAGGCGGGGGCGGAGGAAGACGAGGAAGAGGAGGAGGAGGGGGGCGGGGGGACGGUCACGCUCUCGGUGGCCACGCCCAGGCUGUGGCUGCCCCUGCACUGCCUGCUGUUGCCGGGACACGGGGCUCUGGAGCGCUCCACCUACUGCUACCUGCGCUACCGUCUGUACGAGGAGCCGGCCUACUGCUCGCCCCUGCGCCACCCCCGCGCCGGCGGGGAUGGGGGGGACGGGGGCGUGGCCACGGCGGCGUUCGGCGGCGGCGGGCGGGCGGUGGAGCUCAGGCGCACCCUCCCGCUGCGCUGGUACCUGCGCGAGGAGCGGCUGGAGGUCCAGGUCUGGGUGGCCUUCGGGAAGGAGAGGAGGGCCCGGCCGCACAACACCGACCGGCUGGUGGGCUCCGCCUACGUGGACCUGGCCGCCCUGGCCCGGAGAACCGGGAGCAGGCUGACCGUCAGCGGUGUGUACCCCAUUUUCAGACGCUCGGCUCCUGACCUGGAGGGCGCGGCCCUGCGGGUGCACAUCACCAUGACUCCCGCGCGGGACACGCCCCUCCCUGAGCAGCCCCGCCUCUCCAGCGACAGCGAGGACGAGCUCGGGAGACAGGGGGCGCUCUGCUCUGCCGAGGAAGAGGAGGAGGAGGAGGAGGAAGGGCCCGCGCCCCCGGUCACAGCCGCCUCCCGCCAAUCCGGCGCCCACAGCCGACGCCCCGAGGUCCUGGCCCCUCGGGACGCCGGCGCGGACGACACGUUCGCCGUGACCGUGACGGUGGACCGGGCCAUGCACCUGAGCCUGAGAGGUAGCCCGCUGGCGGAGCGCAGCGGCGGGACGCCCAGCUGCUGUGUGUCCUUUGCCACGGCCGAAGCUGAGAGCCCCAUCACCACCACGCCCGUGGUGCCGGAGAACAGCUGCCCGGUGUGGGACCACCAGUGGGCGGGCAGGCUAUCUAAGGAGGUUCUGUUGGAUCCACAGCAGACAAUGGUGUUCAAAGUUUGGCACAAAGGAGACAUGGAGCGGGUGGUUGGGUUCGUGUCCGUUGACCUCUCCCCGCUGCUGGCGGGGUUCCAGUCGGUGUGCGGCUGGUACAACAUCACCGAUUUUAACGGGCAGUGCCAGGGGCAGCUAAAAGUGGCCGUUUCCCCCCUGAAAGGGGUGCGCGACCUCCGGGGACAGAGGCAGGCGGCGCAGGAGAACGACGCCAAGGACCCCGCGCCUCUGUUCCAGACCCUUCCCCUGUGCUACCACACCUCCGCCAUGUACGCCAGCUUCCCGGCUCACCUCACCCGCUACCCGGAGCAGAGGAUCAACGCCUCGCCUGAGCAGAUGGGGGCGCUGUUGUCUGGAAGGUCCAGCGCCAGCGACCGCGACCGCGAACGCCACGAGGAACACGUCCACAACGUGCGGGCCUUCCACCAGAGCCUGCAGGGGGGAGAGCGUCCCGCUCAGGGCUCCGCCCCCGCCGACCUCCCUUCCUCCAGAUCCACACGCUUCUCAGCGCUGAGGAAAAACCUGAGUGAGCUGGACGAUAUUCAGCGGUACUUCAGCCGCAAGCUGACCACGCCCACGUUCCCCAGCCUCUCGGACCAGGCCCCGCCUCCCAGGCUGGACGAGCGCAGAGACUCCGAGACGGACAGCGCUGAGCUGCUGCUUCGGUCCAAUCGGCUGGUGGGGGCGGUGAACAGCCUGAUCAGCGAUCUCCAUGGACACCGUCUCAGUGGCCCCCGAGACAUUACCCAGUGCACCUCCGGUCUGGCCACGCCCUCCGAGGACCACUUCCUGUCUAACGGGAACUGCUUUUUGCCAGGCGAGCGCACUGAGCCCCAGCGUGGCCCAAGUGAAGAGGCGGGGACUCCUCAGGACGGAGGGUCCCUCUGUAGCUCCCCCGUCCCGCAGGGGAGGGACGGACCCGGCGAAACGCUGGCGAACACUGAGCAGAUCCGCCACGGAGACGACGGCCUUUCCCCCGACGAGGGCGAGGACGAGGACGAGCGUCGGCACGGAAGCGAGGAGGAAGACGAGGAGGAGGACGAGGAGGAGCAGGACUACGAGGAGACGGUGAUCGAGCCCCGAACGCUGAACGAGGUCACCGUGGCGACGGACAGGACCAGCCCGUGGACGAGCCUGCUGUCCGAGCCGGACCUGGGCUCCCUGCAGAGCCUGGAGGACCCGGAGGAGCAGCGCGGUCCAGCCGAGGAGGAGGAGGAGAGCGGGAGAGGGUGUGGCAGGAGUUCUGCGGAGCUCCUCAGCUGCUCCUCCCCGGAGGAGGCCCCGCACGCGGACCCCAACCUCUCGUACGGGUCGGACUCAAACGGCGCCGGAGAGGGACACCGGGGCCCGGGGCCUGAGGAGAGGGCGGAGCCCACCACCGCCCCUCCCCAGGAACUGUCGCCAGGCGACGAGGAGACCCCCGACAGGGGCGAAGAUUCAGAGGAGGAGGAGAGGCGCACUGCCUCACCCAUCCCACAGAAUAUUUUGGAAGUGGGGGACAGCUGUCCGUCAGACAAGGAAGACUCCGGAGCAGAAGACAAGGAGAGCAAACGUCCUGAUCCUGUUGAUAUCCCAAAUUUCUUCCUCUCAACGGUCCAUCUGGAGGCGUCGAUGCGAGCCAUGCGCAUGGCCCCCGUGUUCCCAAGGCCUCUCACAGACACGCAGAAGUCGUCGGGUCAGUCAGGAACUUCGUUGCAAAAAGCUCCACGACCAAGACCCAGCAUACCGCCAGCGUCUGCUCGGAACAGAGAGGAAACAAAGAGGAUCGCCAAGAUUUUUGCAUCCCGUUUUACACAGGAAAAAUAGCAGUUUUAUCUUGUUUUUUUAAACAAAACUUUUCAACUUUGUUUCUCUGAAUGUAUAGUGUAUCUGUAUAUAAUGUCAUUUGUAUAUUAUUUGCUGAGUCUGUCAGAUCUGAAAUCUCCUGUGCUAAUUUCGGUGUCGGAUUAUGUUGAGAUUCCAUAUGUACAGUAAUUUUAAAAUAAUGUAAAGAGUGUAAAUUUUUUUGUUCAUGCAGUAUUUCUGUAAUUUUUUAAUAAAUGAAAAUAAAAAGG